AUGUCGUUGGCCAAACUUGACUGUGAUAAUGUUGCUCUAAAGCAAGAAGAAUCCAUGAAACUGGAUAAAAAGACAAUUUCAUACAACGAUAUAGCUGCGAAAUUAUUGGAAGACAAACUGUUUUUGAGUGCUUUAGAAUUGCACACCGAAUUGGUUGAGGCUGGUAAGGAAUUGAAAGUUUUAAGGGAUUUCUUUUCAAAUCCUGGCAACUUUGAGACACCAACACAAGAGUUUACAGCAAGAUUAUCACGUUCUGGAAGCCAGGCGACAUUAGAUAGUUUAGAUUUGACGAGAUAUUCCGAAGAUGGGACUGCUGGAGACGAAAAAGUGGCUGUGCUAGAGUUUGAGCUACGAAAAGCCAAAGAAACCAUAAAUGCUCUAAGAAAUAAUCUCACUUUUGCUAUAGAGUCUGAAACAAGCACUCCAGACAAAGGUUCACUAAGAAAUGCUGCAUUUACAACAAUCAGGCCUCACGAACAAAGAGCCUUAAAUUUUUUAAUUAAUGAAUAUUUGCUUUUACAAGGCUACAAAUUAACUUCCAUAACUUUUGCUGAUGAAAAUCAAAAUCAGGAUUUUGAUGAUUGGGACGAUGUUGGGCUUAAUAUAGCCAAACCGCCUGAAUUAUUGCAUUUAUAUAGGGCAGGUUUGAAACAGAGUGGACGAGAUAGUGUUGGGACUGGCACUCAAACAGAUUUUGAUGAAAUACUUGAGAAGGAUAAUUUAAUUAGGGACCAAAAAUGCGAGUUAGAAAAAUUAAAAUCAAAGCUGCAUGCAAUCAUAAAUGAAAUGGAAAAGGAAAAUAUUGAAGAAAUUUCUGAAGUUACAUCAAUGGAGAGUGGUGAUUCGCCAGAAAGGUUUGAAAUGGUUGAUAAAAACAUGCCCUCAUUCAAAAAAACUGACGUUGAAGAUAGUUUAUCAAAUAAUAGUUUUAAUGCUAACGAUUGGACUAAAAUAAGCAUUCCAGAACGUGACACUAAUAAUGAGACGCAUUUUGAUAAAGAAAAGGAAUUCAAUAAUUUAAAUUUGGAAUCCUUCACCAAAGAUGUUUUCAGCUUAUGCUACAUUAACACUGAUAUGGACUAUGACAUUCUAAACCAAAAUAUUGACAAUAUAGAAAAAUUGGUGCACAUUCUAUCUCAAUCUUUAUUAAAAUUAAUACCAAAUAUUAUUUUAAAUAAGAGGGAAGAUGCGAUACCUUUACUCAUGACGGCCAUUUAUCUGAAUCCAAAAGCCUCUGAAAGGGAUAAAUUAUUACAGCAAUUAUUUCAUUUGAAGAAAAGACCAACUGAAACUGAAAGACUCAUUAUAUUAGCUGCUGUCAUUGGCAUAUCAAAAUACACAGGAGAACAGUUAGUGGAAAAUGAAAUUUUGCCUCAGUGCUGGCUGCAACUCACCCACAAACACGUUGAAAGGCGAUUGUUAGUAGCAGAGUCUUGUACAGUGUUAAUUCCAUACGUUUCAAGUCCUAUACGAAACUCAUUGAUUCUAUCAAUGCUACAACAAAUGUUGGAAGACAAGGAAGAAGUUAUUAGGGAACAAAUUAUUAAGGCUUUAGCCUUGCUAGUUUGUCAAUGUAAGGAUUCAGACAAAUAUUUACAAUGUGAACAAAUUGCUUUGAAUAGUUUGAAUGAUAACAGCAAUUCGGUGGUGAAUUUGAGUACAGAGAUUCUGUUCCCAGUGUUGGCUAAAUGGGCUUUACAGGAAGGUUAUUUGAAUUCGAGUCUACUCAAAAAAUUACUGCACAAACUUAAUGAGGGCAUUAAAAAUAUUGAAUCUCAAUCAAAAGUUAGUCAAGAAAUUGAUAAAAUUCAUAGAAUAUUAGCUGUGAUUGAUAAUUUGCUACCAUUUUUGAUGAUGUUGGUAGUGUAUCAUGAAAAUGUGAUAAGUAAUAUUGAAAAAGACGUUGUGAUACCUUUAAGAUCUGAUUUUAUCAAUUUAUGUAAUAGAUUAACGAAUCCAGAAAAUUUCAUGAAAUCUGACUUAAAUAUUGGAACAGUUUUAUAUGAGUUUGAUAGAUAUAUUGAAGAAAAUCCCAAUAUUUCUUGGUCGGAUAUGGAUUGGGUAGUUGAUAUAAUGUUGCCAGAUCUAUUUAAUAAUCUCCAUCACAUAGAACUAGCUCACCAAUCUCUCCUCGAAGGAUUCCUGAACCUUUUCUCCCAUAUUUGCAUAUUAUUCGGCCACAAUUUCAUCAAAUACAAAGUCCGUCCGCCUUUGCACAAAAAAAUCCAAAGCUUAGAACAAAUCAUUAGCAGUUUCAAUCAAUUCUGUCCCAGCCUUAACAUAAUUCCUAUUUAUGUCACAAUAUUGAGUUUCAUCAGAGAUUACGAAGAGCUAUCGUCGGUUUUUAAAAAAUUCUUAUGCGCUUUGCCUUUAUGUGGAAGCCCUUUGGAUUGUUUGGAGAUUACUGUCAAGAAGAUGUGCGAAAUUGGACUACAAAAUAUGGUAGUUGAGUGUUUGUGGACUGGAGUUGUACAUCAAAGACCUCUAGUCAAAUCAGCCGCAGCCAGUAUGUUCUGUUCUAUUAUUGGAAGUUGUAGCGAGGAAUUGCUCAAGACAAAAGUGGCGGGGGCAAUUGUUACUUUAGCUAAUGAUAGCGACAGCUUGGUUCGUACCGCUACGGUUCCAGCCUUAGGCCGUCUAAUAACAAAUUGUAGCAUCAAAGAAAUACACGACAAGGCUUACAUGCAAAUACAGACAUUUUUAAACGAUCCAACUCUGAAAGAAAAUCAUACAAUUUCCCGUCAGCUUAUAGUGACUAUGGGAAAUAUAUUUGGAAGUAGCUGUAGUACAUUCAGAAAUGAUGUCAUUCUUCCUCAACUUACCAAUUUUUCCGCAUUUAUGUCUCAAAUGUCGAAUCACACUAGGAAAGUGGAUAUGGCUCUUGCAUUAGUUGAAGCUUUUACUCAUGUCGUUUAUAGUCCUCUUAAUAAAGAUUGCAUUAGUAAUGUAGUUAAACCAGGAUUGAAGUGUUUGGAGACAGUGAUUUCCGAAAAUCCCUCCCUUUCAAUACAUCACGAAACAGUAUUUUCAAUGAUUAAAGAAUGUGAAAAUAAGUCAAAUUUAAGUAGCCCAAGUUCGUCAGUGGAACGAAGUAAUAAGCUGCAAAAUGUUAAUCAAGGAGUAGAAGAAAUGAGGCAAAGAAUGAGUAAAAUUUUUAAUAAACCUAACAUUCCAAAGUCGAAUACUUUACCAAAUUUGCAAGGGAUAUUUAAAAAGAAAUAA